UUUUUUCUUCUCUUAUUUAUUCAUGCAAUAAAGCAUCUCCAAACUUCUAUUCUUAUUCAUUCUCUCUGCUUUCUUGCUUCAUCGAACUGGUCAAUAUGGGAGCAAAAGCUUUUCUUGUCACCAUUUUACUCUCAUCGCUGUUAUUUCCUUUGGCCUUGUCUACGUCAAAUGAUGGCUUGGUUAGAAUUGGACUGAAAAAGAUAAAAUUUGAUCAAAACAAUCGACUUGCUGCACGCGUCGAGUCCAAGGAGGGCGAGGCUGUGAGAGCCUCUAUUAGGAAGUAUAAUAACUUCCAUGGUAAUCUUGGGGCCUCUGAGGAUACAGACAUUGUAGCACUGAAGAACUAUAUGGAUGCUCAGUACUUUGGGGAGAUUGGUAUAGGCUCUCCCCCUCAGAAGUUCACAGUCAUCUUUGAUACUGGUAGCUCUAAUUUGUGGGUGCCUUCAUCAAAGUGCUACUUCUCAGUUCCCUGUUUUUUCCAUUCCAAGUAUAAGUCAAGCCAAUCAAGCACUUAUAAGAAAAAUGGGAAGUCUGCUGCAAUUCGUUAUGGUACUGGAGCAAUAUCUGGAUUUUUCAGUCAAGAUAGCGUUAAAGUCGGUGACCUUAUUGUGCAAAAUCAGGAGUUCAUUGAGGCAACAAGAGAACCCAGUGUGACUUUUUUGGUAGCCAAGUUUGAUGGUAUAUUGGGUCUUGGUUUCCAGGAGAUUUCUGUUGGAAAUGCUGUUCCAGUAUGGUACAACAUGGUCAAACAGGGUCUUGUCAAGGAGCCUGUCUUCUCAUUUUGGCUCAACCGAAAUACAAAGGAAGACGAAGGGGGCGAAAUUGUGUUUGGUGGGGUUGAUCCUAACCACUAUAAGGGAAAGCACACCUAUGUCCCAGUCACACGGAAAGGUUAUUGGCAGUUUGACAUGGGUGAUGUUCUGAUUGAUGGUCAAGCUACUGGUUACUGUGACAAUGGAUGUUCUGCAAUAGCGGAUUCUGGGACUUCUCUCUUGGCUGGUCCAACGACUGUUAUCACUAUGAUUAAUCAUGCCAUUGGCGCCUCGGGGGUUGUAAGCCAACAAUGCAAAGCUGUUGUUGAACAGUAUGGACAAACAAUAAUGGAUAUGCUUUUAGCGGAGGCACAUCCAAAGAAGAUCUGCUCGCAGGUUGGGUUAUGCACCUUUGAUGGAACUCGUGGCAUUAGUAUGGGCAUUGAGAGUGUUGUAGAUGAGAAUGCUGGCAAAUCUUCAGGACUGCAUGAUGCUAUGUGCUCCGCUUGUGAAAUGGCGGUUGUCUGGAUGCAGAACCAACUUAGACAGAACCAGACCCAAGAACGCAUCUUGAACUAUGUGAAUGAGCUUUGCGAGCGACUACCAAGCCCAAUGGGACAAUCUGCUGUUGAUUGUGGAAAACUUUCUGGCAUGCCUAGUGUUUCCUUCACAAUUGGUGGCAGAACAUUUGACCUCUCUCCUGAGGAGUACAUACUCAAGGUGGGCGAGGGUCCUGCUGCACAAUGUAUUAGUGGCUUCAUUGCCUUGGAUGUUCCUCCACCCCGUGGACCUCUCUGGAUCUUGGGGGAUGUUUUCAUGGGUCGAUAUCACACCGUCUUUGAUUUUGGCAAACUUAGAGUUGGAUUUGCAGAAGCAGCUUAGUGAAAUAAAAAAUGCAAAAGCCACCUCCACCCCCUGUUCCCUUGCUCCCAAAUGUUGUAGUGACUUGCCCUUAAGUUGGUCAUCAGCAAAUGGGAUUGUAAAAGUGUGAACCUAAGGUAUUGCAAGAGAAAAACCUUGUAAAUAUUGGCUUCUCUCCUUGACAAGAUAUGUGGUACCGUUAGUGUAUGCUUGUUCUUAUUGUUGUUUUUCUUGUGUGUAUCUAUAUGGCGUAAUACACUGGUUGAA